AUGAAGUCCUUCGGCCUUGCCGCCCUUCUAGCGGCAACACCCUUGGCCUCGGCCCACUACAUCUUCAACAUCCUGAUUGUUAAUGGUAAAACCAUGGGAGGGGAAUAUGCCUAUGCACGCAAGAACUCGAAUUCCUACAACCCUGCGUUUACAAACGAGCUUAUGAACUCCAACGACCUGCGAUGUAACAAAGGCGCCAAGCCCGGCAGUACGCCAACCUAUACGGUGCAAGCCGGAGACAAGCUCGGGUUCAAACUCUUCAAUAAUGAGUUUAUCGAACACCCCGGACCAGGUUUUGUCUACAUCUCAAAGGCGCCAGGAGCCGUCAAGGAAUACGACGGAUCUGGGGACUGGGUCAAGGUCAUGGAGACAGGAGUGUGCAAAGGUAGCCCAGGCACUGAUAGCAACUGGUGCAGCUGGCAAAAGGAUAGGCUGGAGUGGACGGUCCAGAAGAACAUCCCACCAGGGGAGUAUCUGGUGAGAGUGGAGCAUAUCGGACUACACCAAGCACACGAGGGCAAGGCCCAAUUUUAUAUUGAAUGUUUCCAGCUGAAGAUUGAAGGAGCUGGAGGAGGAAACCCAGGACCAUUGAACAAGAUCCCAGGCAUCUACAAGGCGAAUGACCCGGGGAUUGCAUUCAACAAGUGGAAUAAUCCGACGUCUUAUGUUAUCCCGGGUCCACCGGUGUGGGAUGGAAAAUAG